UUGGUUCUGCCAGCUUUACACAAAUGAGUCACAGGGGAGGGGAAACUCAAUAAGAAAUUGCCUCCAUCACUUCAUCCUGUGGUCAUGUCCGUGGACCACUUCCUUCAUCACUGAUGAGGCUCUACCAGCCCGCUGUGUGUGUGGGGCAGCCCUGGGCAGUGGUCCUGUUUCAUAUGAGAAAGCAAGCUGAGCAAGCUAACUUUACCCCAGGGCUCUUGCCUCUGUCCUGCCUGAGUCCUUACCCUGACUUUCCUCGGUGAUGGGCUUUGACUGGGAUAUACAAGCUAAAUAAACCCUUUCCUCCCUAAGAUGCUGUUGGUCAUGGUGUGGGACAGCAAGCACAUGAAUGCUGGCCCCACUGCCAUGGAGUGCCCUAGUCCCUUCCUUCAGGAGGAGGAGGUGUGCUCACGAUUGGAAAGAUGAGUCAGGACAGAGUGGACGUUUUACUUUGGUCUCUCGGUUCCCACCACUCCUUAUGAACUAGUUUAUGUUUGUCUCAAAGACAGCAAGAGAUUAAAAUCUGGUUCAGAGGCAAGAUCCAAAAUAGAGACUCUCAGGAACUAUGAGAGGAUUGACUGGAGAUGGCUCGAGAAGCAGAUGAGAGGGGGCAACCGUGCUCUAGCAGCUGUCCUGAUCAUCCCUGGUCACUGGUCAGAGGGCCAAUCAACACUCAGGAUCACAAGAGAGAAAUCAGAUCUAUCUAUAAGGAGCUGAGUCACCACAGUGGUUGCCCGGGAUGCCAUGAGGUGAACAGGCACAAAAACAGCCUAGGGCCCUCUUCUUCCAACUACCACUGCUUCCUAAAGAAGGAAGCAACCCCAUGCCCAAGAGACCCCAGGGGGCACGUCCUACUUUCUGGGCAUUCACACUUAAAGUGCCCUGUUCCAUCACACCAGAAGCAAGCCCCUGGACCAGAACUAGGACUAACAGGUUCAGGAUAGAGAGUGACCAAGAGCUCCCCAUAUCCAUGCCCUUUAUUCCCCUGGCUCAAAGAAUGGAAAACUGUAAACAUGGCCUUGACAGAAUCUCCUAAGGACUCUUUGUAGGAUACCUUUUCAAACUGCACCUCAUUCUUAAAGGGCCAGACAUGGUUUGAGGUCCUCAGGUUCCAGGUAUAAAGGCCACUGCCACUGUGCUGGCUGGAAUCUCUCAACGAGUAAGCAUCUGUCUCUUUGAUCCACUGAAGCCGAAGCUGGGGGACGCUAGUUGCCUUUUCCUAAGUAGGGUAAAGCUGCCUGUGGUCAGAUAGGGAGACAGUCACUGUAGGCUACAGCCUGCUGCUAUUGGUCCAUUUCUUGCUCUGACCUCACAGACAGUCACUGAGAUGGAAGAAUGAGUGGCCUGCAUAUAAGGCUGUAGCCUGGGCUGCAUUUCUGUCCAGAGACUAGGGAGCUGAUUUUGGUGACCUGUGGGACUCCUUCAUUCGUAUCUUAAUUGGAGCCUAAUUGGAGCUUAAUUGGACACAACCUUUCUGGACAGGAGGCCAGUAAACACCAAGCCUCAUGGCCUGCCUCCCCCAAGAUGGGGGCCUAGACCGGCAAUACAAAAUGCUGUUCACCAUCGGCCAGGGUGGAUUUGGCUGUGUACAACUGGCCCUCCAUCGCCUCACAGGCAUGCCCGUCGCAAUUAAAGUUGUAGAAAAUCUGAAGAAACACCUGCGCCUCGUUCUAUCAGAGAUAGCAGUACUGGAAACCGUGCGACAUCCACACAUCAUCCGCCUCUUCCAGGUUUUAACAACCACAAAAUACUGCUACAUGAUAACAGAGUAUGUGCCGGGGGGCAAUCUGUACCAACUGGUUAAAAAAGAAGGCAGGCUGCAGGAGGAACAGGCACAGGUAAUAUUUGGGCAGCUAGUGUCAGCCAUAAGGUGCUGCCAUGACCAUGACAUUGUCCACCGAGACCUGAAGCCCCAUAACAUCCUGCUAGAUGCACAUGGAAAUGUGAAGCUGGGAGACUUUGGCCUUGCUACCAGGUGUGAAGCUGGCACUGUGCUGUAUGGGUGCUGUGGGACCAAGAGCUACAAUGCCCCAGAACUGGUUCUGAGGGAAGGCUAUGAUGGGAAGAAGGCAGACGUGUGGGGUCUGGGUGUGUUGCUGUACUUUAUGACCACUGGGCACCACCCCUUCAGAGGAAGCACCCUGGAAGAGACCGAGAAAAAGAUCACUGUUGGCAUGUAUGACAUCCCAGCUCACAUCUCUGGGCAACUGGAAAAUCUCAUUCACCAAAUCUUAACAGUUGCCCCAGAGAGGAGGCCCUCCAUUGAAGACCUUCAACAUCAUCCAUGGGUCAAGAACCCUGAAGGAAACAUCUUUAGUGACCCCUACCCAGAUCCUAAAAUUGUUGACAAGCUGUUUGACCAUGGGUUUGCUGCCAACGAGAUCUUUGACUCACUGCAGAAGCGGAAAUACGACGAGAUAAUGGGGACAUACCUGUUACUACAAGAACAGGAACACCAGGGGCUUGACUCCACCUCCUCAGUCACUACGGCAGACCCUGGCCCUGCACCUCCACCAUCUCCAGUCCCUCCUUUAACAUCGGGUCGUUACCUAAAAAGAAGAGCCAGUGAGCCCACCUUUGGCCUUUUCCACACACAACCUUCACAACAGCACAUGCCUGAUGUCCUGACACUAUCAGGGCAGAAGAUAAACCAGAGUGUCUCCAUGCCUCUAUGGUGUUCCCAGAAGAAAAGUCCCACUUCGAGCCAUGCCCCACCGACCAAGGCCGCAUCUGCCCCAUGUGUCUACCACAGCAGGGUAGAAGAAGAAAUGCCCCUGCCACCUGGACCUGACUCUAACACGGAAAAAUCAUGCCUCCCUCAGAACAGCGGGUGCUUCAGCGGACUGUGCAGGAGAACCAGAGUUUGCCUGUCAAGACUGUGCUGCUUCCCGCGGGCUUCAAAUCCACAAACCGAGCGUGUGUCCAACAACAGAGUGACUCCUCUGAAAGAGUCAGGAGGCAGACGCAGUGAGGAAUAGGGCAAGUAAGAAAGAGAUGAUGCAUACGUAUUUUAUAUUUCAUUUUCACCAUGUAUUUUUCACUUGAAAAAUCAAAAAUGUGUAUGUUCGUCGUAUCCAACAGGUUGUCCAGAUGUCUACACAAUUUGGAUGGAAACCUGGAACUUAGCAUACUUCCUCAGGAAGAAAUCCUCCAGGAACGUACCUAGGUGGUAUCCGAUGCAGCUGGACUGGCAGUGAUCAGCAGGACUGGGAUCAGUAAUGGGACAGGGAAUGUUGAUCUGUUGUCCAUAGAGAACAGAUGUCCAGAUUGGAAGACUCUGCUUAGGGAUCCAGUGACUAGCAAAGUGACAAUGGUCAAACCACAAAGGGGCCAAUUCAAUGUCUCCCUACAGUUCGUCUGUACAGGCAGAGUGUGCUGAGCUCAUAAGGCCUGACAUCACAGUGUCAAGGCCAACAUGGGAGGACGAGCUAGAUACCCAGUUCCUGUGUGCCCUGCAUGCCCAGACUAGAACAGAUGUUUUCAGGACCAGAGGCCUCUCCACAGCAGCAUUCCAGGAUCAUGCCCUCAAGAGACAGAGUUACCUACUAAGCAUGUAUGCCUUUUCCAACCCUAAGUCUUCCAAAUCUGAGAAGACCGGAUGAGGGAUUUGUUUGAAGGGUCGUGACCUAUGUCCCUGCGGUAUUGUGGAUUUAUUUCCUAGUUGUAGGGUCUCUGACCACAAAGAAAGGUGGAUCAUGGUGGUUGAAGCUCAUGUAUGGCUGUAAAGGAACUCGGCCGGAAGCACAAAGUAAAAUUUCCUUACCUGAGCAAGGGAUGGAGAAGGGAGAGGAAGCUGUUGUGCAUAGGGAACAAAUGUCCAGAUGGAAUUUAAUGUGAUGAUUAGUGCCUGGAGAAGGACUAUGGUCAAGGCUAAAGGGGUCACUUCGAAGUCUCCCAGCAGUUCAGAUGAACAGAUGGAGGUGCUGAGCUCUGACAUGUUUGCUCAUAGCCGAGAGUGGGACCUCAGGUCUGGACAGCAGCAUCUGAAGAUGAGUCUGGAUGCUUAGUAUCUCAGGCAGCAUGCCCACUCUGUGGACAUUGGCCAACACAGGACUCUCCAUGGGGAACUAACUCCGUUCUCUAGUACAGAGGGUACUGUGAUAGCCAUCCUAAGCAUCUGACGAACACUCUGCAAGAAUGUCUUCAAGCUUUCCAUCCGAAGACCGUAACAAUAGUCUCCUCAUAGGACACUAAUGGAGCCCCUUUUCUCUCCCUUCUCGUACUCUGUUCUCGUACGUCUGCUGAACGAUCAGGAUGUGGGCAACUCUGGAAGGUCCUGUGCCACUGCAGGAUGGCCUGAGCUGGGGCGUUGUCACCAUCUAAUGCAGAAGCUCUGUGACAACACACGAUAUUGUUGACACAGCUGUUCUGCCCUAUGAGAUGAGGAGCUGAUUCACCUGUCUCCAUGUAAGCACACCCCAGUCUGCCCUUCCGGGUUCUACUGUCACUAUGGUGAUACUUAGACAAGAAGGAUUUGGCAGGAGGAGGUUGGAAGGAAAGACAAUGUGAGGCCCAGCUGUAAUGGAGAACUAGAUGGUGAAACCACAGAUCCCCUUCUUCAGACCCGCGUAGUGACAGCUCUGUCACCAAGAAGGCAACAUCUUAUUCCCUGCAUCUCCUCCAGCUUUCGUUCCCAGUCUUCUAGACCUGAAGCGUCUGCAGGAGGGCCUCUCCAGAUUCUUCAGUGCAUGGCCCUCUGACUACUGUCCCUGCAUUUCCUUGGGAUUUUGUUCCAGGUCUGGGAUGUCGGACAGAACCGGGCUCACAAUUCUAGCCAUGCAGCCUGUUCCUCACUCCCUGGGCUAUGCUGGCUCCAGGCCUCCUGGAGCAUCUUGGUAGCAAUUCCCCCCUCCAUGGGCCCGACUCCAUUCUUACCUCCAAG